CAGCAAGAAGCAGAAGCAUCAGAGGUGCAGUCAUUAUAAUCAUCAGACUCACUCAGUGACUCAGUACUGCUUUUUUAGAAGUAGCACUAGUUCUUUUCUUAUUUUAUUUCUCUUCAAAACCACAACGAACCCUAGAACAACCGCAAACAAUUAAACCCUCCUUUUGUCUCUUAAUUAGGUUUUCUUGAAACCCUAAUUUAAGAAUGUUGAGUGCAAGAAAUAGGUCACCGUUCACUGCAAAUCAAUGGCAGGAGCUUGAACAUCAAGCUUUAAUCUACAAGUACAUGGUUUCCGGCGUACCGAUUCCACCUGAUCUGAUUUUUACUAUAAAAAGAAGUCUGGAGUCAUCUUUAUCAUCAAGAAUGUUUCCGCAUCAACCUAUGGGGUGGGGUUGUUUUCAGGCGGGUUAUGGCAGAAAAACAGACCCGGAACCAGGAAGAUGCAGAAGAACAGAUGGUAAAAAAUGGAGAUGUUCAAAAGAAGCAUAUCCAGACUCCAAAUAUUGUGAACGACACAUGCAUAGAGGUAGAAACCGUUCAAGAAAGCCUGUGGAACCUUCUUCUUCAAGUUCUAACACCAAUACCACACCUAUGGCAACCUCAAAUAAUAAUAAUCUUUCAGUAUCAAUCAACAGAAAUUCUAAUUCUACUAUUCCCUCGUCUGUGGAACCAGAUUUUUAUCAAGCCCAUCAAAAUUCUAGUCUGAAUCCAUUUCUGUAUUCUCAAUCUUCAUCUUCUUCAAGGCCUCAAAAUAGCAAUACCCACAACUUGUUUUUGGACUCUGGUUCUGCUUCUCAUAUUGACAAGAACUACAGGUAUUACAGUGGAAUAAGAGAAGGUUCAGACGAGAGAAGUUUCUUCCCAGAAGCUUCAUCAGGGAGUUCAAGAAACCUGUCUGAUGCAUAUCAUCAGCAGCUGUCUUAUAAAAGCUACUCACAGUCACCGUUUGAAAGUUUAGCUGAUCAUAGUAAUAUUUCAAAGCAACAAGAAGAAGAUAAUCAGCAGCAUUGCUUUGUUUUAGGUUCUGAUUUUAAGUCAUCAUCUACAAGAGUAGUACCAAUCAAAUUAGAAAAAGAAUCUGAAACCCAAAAACCAUUGCAUCAUUUCUUUGGAGAAUGGCCUCCGAAGAACUCAGAUUCUUGGCUGGAUCUUGCACCCACUUCAAGACUGCACUCAACCGACAGUUGAAUUGAAGAUUGAAUAAUGGAGAAUUCAUAUAAUGGACAAAAGAGUACUUCAUGUUGGUGGGUCAAAUUGGUAGUGCUUUAAGAUGAUGAAAUUAGUGGUGAGGGUAAGGUUUUGAGUUUUGGUGGGAUGAAUAAUGUAGGGACAUUAUAAAGAUUCUUGUCUUUUUGCUUUCUUUAUCAUUACAAUUUAAUAUGUUCCCUUCAAUACGAAAUAUGCUUAUGGAUAUCUGUAGGCUUGCCCUCGUUUC